AUGACGCUCGAUGAAUAUCUCUCUUAUAAGUGAUCAUCACAAUCACCGAGUUCUUAACAACAAACAACGUUUCUUGAAAGUAUCGCUUAAGAACUCAAUUACCCAUAAUUCCUGGCGAGCGCCUUCAAAUAUGGCGACAGCCGUCGAUACAGUACUAAAUGUUGCUGUACCUGGACCUUUUCGGGACUCUUUAAAUUCCUUAGGCUUUGAAGUUUAUCCUUUGAAGAUAGGAUGGUACAAUGCAGUCGUGUCUCAGGCCCAUCAGCUUCCAUAUCCAGAGAAUACUCUGGCACUUGUGGUCCUCAGCACACCAUCCAUGUUUGAGAGAGUGUUCAUGCCUUUCCUGAGGAUGGGCUGCUGCAAAGGUGUCAGAGAUCCAAUCGAUCAGUGUGUAGCCCAGAACAUCAAAUCCUGUGUCUCGGAGUGUCUUCCAGACCAGAGUGUGGAUAUCAUGUUUGACUAUGAGAUGCUGCCCAGCAGAAAGCCCAAGUUUCUGGCUCAGACUGCAGCUCAUGUAGCAGGUGCAGCGCGAUACUACCGGUCAUCAGAUGUUCAGGAUCCACCAUGGGGGAACAAGAAAAUGUUUGGUGUGUGUAUCCAUCCACGGCUGGGGGGCUGGUUCGCUAUUCGGUCUUUGCUGGUGCUGAAGGGUGUAGAAGUGGGUGAAGCACUACAGCAAGUAGCUCCACCUGACUGUGUUAGCUCACAGGAGGCCAGGAUAGAGCUUUUACAGAGGUUUAACCUGUGCUGGCGUGACUGGACGUACCGAGACAUCAUACCCACUGAGGAGCGUUACUCCCCUCAGCAACAAGAGUACUUCAUUACCCCUCCAGACCAGAGGGGAGAGCUGCUGAAGCAGUGGGGCUUUCUACCUGAAGCAGAGACUGAGACACAGAUAUCAACCAGCAGGCAAGGAUGACAUGGGCAGCAUCCUAAAACUCUGUAGUCUCAAAACCAAAAUACACACUGAUGAUCUGAUUUAAGCUAAAGUAAAGGCACAAGAUAUUGAGUCAACAUGAAUGAAGAUUCAAACAUGAAACUUUAACGCCUGAUUAUAUUCGGUAAUGUCGUAUUUACUGUUGAUUUGAUGAUUGUCAGUAAGACGCUGGCGCUGAGAAUGGAUAAAUGAACAUCAAGCACAAAAUUCUGAUGUAUAAUGACUUUAUUUAUGUAACAAAAUCAUUAAAAAGAAACAUGCAGCA